GGAUGGGUGCGAGCCAACGCCUGUGCCGCCGGCUCGCUCUGCUCCGUCCCCAGAUCGCCCGGAGCCCGCGCCUCCGCCCGCCCAGGAGGGAUGCUGCUCCGGGAGCUGCUGGGACUGCUCCGCUGCUGCUGGCCCUCCCUGCUGCUGCACUGUGCCCUCCACCCGCUCUGGGGCUCCGUCCAGAUCACUCAGGGUGAACCCCAGAAGUCAUGCUCCAAGCCUGUAGCAGAUGAAGUCCCGGAGAGCUGCCAGCAGAUCUGCCAAUGCAGGCCUCCACCACCGCCACCACCACCACCUCCUCCCCCGCCGCCCCCCAGGCUGCUGGUGGUGCCAGCUCCCAAGUCUACUUUCUGCCCCACUGAAGAGACCUGGUGGCCAGGCCUGGUUAUUAUCAUUGCAGUAUGCUGUGCCACACUAGUGUUCCUCUUUGUAGUUGUCAUCAUUUGCUACAAAGCCAUAAAAAGGAAACCCAUGAGAAAAGAAGAGAAUGGAACCAGUCGGGCUGAAUAUGCAAUGACCUCCUCCCAAAACAACAAAACAGUUGAUAACAAUGCCGUUGUAUAAUCCCUGAGAUCCUACUGACUCUCAGGAGGUGGUAAACUUUUAAAGCACAGCAUGGAAUAUGCAAGGUGGGUGAAAUAAGGCAACGAAAGGAGCUCUGUGGCCAAGGACUUCAUUUCAGAAAUAGCGCACGUAUCAGUGAUUCAGAAGAGAAAAGCAGACUGCUCUUCAGGCUUGCUGCUUCUCCAAGGGAGGAUAAUCUCCUUCUCCAAGGGACGUAGAUCCAAGCUGCCCAGAGAAAAGGCAUCACAAAGCAUUGCAUGCUGCAUCUCAUGAAAGCAACAUCAUGAUGCCUUCUGUUUCUUCUUUCCCCAAUUCUUAGUCUGAGUAGAGCGCUCCCAAAAAGUUCUUUAUAUAGGGUCUUCAGAGGAAAAGGUGACCUGCUGGAGUGGCAGCAGCUUACUGUAAAUGAGUCUGAGGGUGGAGCUGUCACCUACAUAUUUUUCCAGUCUGAGCAGUGUUUUCACCUAGGACCUCGCAGCUUUGUGCGCUUAUAAUUCAUUCAUUCUUAUCAUUCUUAUUAUUUCAUUAGAAAAAAAAAAAAAAAGAAAAAAAAAAGGUAAAAAAAUCUGUUAAGCCAUCAAGGAACCAAAAAUUGCAUGAAAUUGUGACUUAUCCCAGGAGAUUUGUCUGUGGUCUGGUGACUAUGCAAUUUCCAUGGCUGAAGACUUUUCAGGCAAAAGAAACAACAUUAAUUUAGCCAUUAGGCUUGCUAAUAAAAGAUAUGAUCAAUAGGUGCUUUGAACAUUAUUGCUUUGUAAUCAGCCUCCUUUUUUGCAUCAUGUUUCAUUUCUUUUUACCUUCAGAAACUUCUGUUUUGGUGAAAGUCUGCACAUUUCUCUGUGUUUGCCUCAUGCUGAUUUGCCAGGGAAACCCCUACAGGAAAGUUUUUGUUUCCAUCUUGAAGUAUUUGGGUGGGAUUGUGUUGCAAGGAUGAGCAACCUUUUGAAGUCCUCUUCAUUCACUGACAAGUGUUGCUUCCUGAAAGUGUUAAGUAUCAUGAACUGACCCACUGAGGAUGUUGUAGAUCUGGCUUGGAGGGCCAUUUUCUUAGGGCCUGGUAAGCUGGCUAUGCUCACAUUAAUUCAGUUUCUGCCUCUCCUGGCAGAGACUGCCAAUCCUGCCGAAUUCAGCGUAAUAGCUUAGUGUUGUACUUUUCAUGGCAUGGAUUGCUGACUACUGAAAGCAAAGCUGAAUCCACCCAAAUUCAUUUCAUGUAGGAUCUCAGGUUAGAUUCAGUAAGCAACACUUAGGAUAAAGGCGAUCAAGCUGCUGGUCUUUCCCCAUCUCCUGAAAACUUUCCUUUGUGUCCCAUCACCACACAUGUGACUUUAUUUACCUCUGUGCUGAAGGUAACGACACAGUGGUUCUACCCUGCUUCUUGUCUGGACCUCAAGCACCGAUUCCACUCUGUUUCCAUGUGUGAGUAACUCCCAGGCACCAACUCAGUCUUGCUCUGGGACAUAGCUGUUUCCCAGCUGUCGCUUCUGUUGUUAAUGCAACACACUGAUACUUUCAGUUCGACAUAAGGAUGUGCCUGAACUGCAGAAACCAGAUUUUGAUUUUGAACACGUUCCUGACUGCAUUUGGUCUACUUCUAGGAUGUAGAGUUUGGCCUAGAGGAAGACAAUGUUCUGUAGACCCUUCCUGAAAAACCUCCAGGAUGUUCAAAUCAGCAUUUUCAGAUCAGGCCCAUGUCUAAUAUUCAAUUACCUAUUAACCAGUAGAGUAUAUGUAAAUAUAAGUAUCUUUCUAAUGAUAAAACGAAAUGCUGCUGUAUACCACCACUGAGGAAUUUGUGGAGUUACUAGCUUUUUGGCCUGUCAUCACUACAUAAAAGUUUAGCUACAUAAAAUUAUUUUUUAAAAGCUAGAAUUUCUUGAGAAGUGAAUGCAAUUAUAAAAGUUAAAGGGAAUAAGUGACCCUUUGCCCAAAAGUACAAUCGUUACCUUCCAUAUUUACAUUGUGUGCUUGCACAAGAUACAGCGAUAUGUUCUUACAUCCAAAGUGAGAUUAAAAUGACAGAAUUUCGAGUCUAGUAUUCUAAAUGUUGAUUGCCUAAAGCACUUAGCCCCUAAAUACUAUAAUAAAAAUAUUACAAGUAUAUUUCUAGAAUAUUUUUUAAGCUAUAACAUUUAUUUUGGUGUAGUUACCGAUGUUUGCCUUUUUUUACUCCAGUUCUUUCUGCCUAAAUGUGACACAGUCUGAGACUGGUUGCAAGUUUAGCUGAGAGUAUAAGUGUGAAUGCAGAUGAGUUUAGCAUGAUACAGGCUCAGGAUCAGCACUUUCUCCUAAAGGUUCUUGAUUUUAUUUAUUUUCUAAUAAAGCUUUAAAAGCAUGUUCUGUAAAGCCAAAAUCUCAAAAGGGAUUUGUAGCUCAUUAUGUUUAUCAAAAUGUGUCUGUUUCUGCAAGAAUAAGUCUAAAGAGAUGAUCAAUGGAUACUGUCUUAUUUUCAGUGAUGUCAGUGGUAAAAUGGCCUCAUUAACUGAAAAUCCUGAUACAUGACAUAACCCAUGACCAAACCUCUCACAGGCCCCAGAGGUCUUCUCAGUGAAAGAGAUGUUCAAACCUGGUGUGGAGCAGGGAGCUAGGAGCCACACAUGGGGACUGGCAUCUGUUUUCAACUCUGCCAUUCACCUGCUAUUUACUAGCAAGUAAUUUUGCCUCUCUGCACCUCAAUUUACCCAUCUGUAUAAUUGAGAUAAAAUACUUAACAGCUCUGUGGCAGAAUUUUGAGAGACAUGAACAUAUCUUACUUGCACAGGCAGAGUUACAAUGCCAUUAUAUCCAACGUGCUGAUAUUAAAUAAAUGUAUUUGGGAACGUCAUUACAUAAUAUUUGUACUGCCCAAAGCAUUUCAUAAAUAAACAUUCCUUCACAUGUUUUCUUAGUCUACUGGACACAGAAGAGCAGUAGCUGACAAGCUGGGAGUUGCUUCUCCCUGCUUGUCUAGUCAUUUGCUCUCAGCACUUACACAGCUGCGUGGCUGGGAGAAAUAGAAAAUUCCAUUUGGGGCAGUUUUGCCUGUAGAAUCCUGGGCAUCUUCAUACAGUUGACUACAAUGCACCAGAAGUUUAAGGUGAUCUACAGAAAGUCUCUUGGAAAAGUAUGCUGGAAGCAGAUUUAAAUCUUCAGAAAAGACAGACCAGAUAGGCAGUGUCUUUGGGGAACGAUUUUUGAAGUUUUCUUAUGAGGUUUAAGUGUUUGUCUAAUACUCUUCAGAGUACUUGGAAAGCUUUUCUGAAAUGGCUUUCUAUUCUUCCCUGUUGUACCAUUAUUAAAUACAGAAGGAAAGGAAAGGAUAGACAAGGGCUCCACUAAGCAGUGACCCUGGAUCUGGGGAACUGGCAAUUCAAAGUACAACUUUACAAGGACUGCAAGUUUAUUUUUAGAUACAGAAAAGCCCUCCAUAGCUCCAAAAAAGCCAGAUCCUCAGUAGUUACAAAGGUGGCAUGUUUCUAGGCAAAAGUAUAAUGCUCUACUGUGACCCCCCUCUGACCACCACCAGACAGCCUUGCAAAAUAGAAAACCACUUUUUUCAGUCUGAGGGUGAGCAUUAAUUCAACAUUUCUUUUUAAGUACCAACACAAGUGUAGGCUGCACUUUAAGGGCCUGAGCUACAAAGCACUGAGUUUCCUCAGCACUCAACAGGAAGGUGCAGCUGAGGUGUUAAUGUCUUGCAGGAAGCCUCAGCCCUGCAGCCCUCCCUGGCUCAGACCUGCCACAGGGCUGUGACCAGGAGUGCAUCUCCACCUUGCAUACAUGUUUCAAAAUUCAGACAUGGAAGGAAAGAGGAGAGUUCUACCAAGUUUAAGAUAUAAAUAUGUUGAUAUAUAUCUAGAUAGAGACCUAAUUGUCCAGUCUUGCAUGCCAUAUGGUCAUGCAUAGCAUGUGAAGCGAGCGUGGCCCUGCUUCUCCAACCAGGUAAUGGCCAUAGAUGCUGCCAAGCAAUGGAGAAUCAGGCCUGUGGUAGAUAUGUAUUUACAAUACUCCCUGCAUCUGUACAAACCAAAAUAUAUUAUUUUAAACUGCAAAAUAGUGUGUUUGAAUCAAUGCAUGAAUGUAAAUACUCUAAGAUCUGCCUUCUUGACUGUGUACCACAUGUACAGAUGAAAACAAAUACUAUUUAUAGGAAAUCUGUAUUGGUGGUUAAAUAACUAAAGAGAAAAAAAAAAUCAGAAUUAAUGUUGUCAUGUUUUUCAAACAAGCCAUUAAUGUAUAUUUAGUAUUUAAGGAUAUUGCUCAACAAGUAUGUUCCGUACCAAAAACUGUGUUGCAAAUACAGAUUGUGCAGUACCCUAUUUUAAAAAGGCACCAUAAUUACUUUUUAUUUUAAAUAAAAAUGUACUUGUAAAAAGUUU